UUGCUAAAUUCAUUCAAUCUUUCAUUUGAUUUCUAUUCCACGUGCCGAAAUGUGGACUAAAUACGCCUUAGUGUUGUUCGCCUUGGUGGGCGUAGCGUAUUGCUAUCCUCAAGGACGUGUGGUCAAUGGCACUGACACUGUGAUUGAAAAUUUUCCAUUUAUGGUGUCACUGCGCGGUUCAACCGGCUCACAUUCGUGUGGCUCCAGCAUUAUUGCACCGCGUUGGAUACUCACCGCCGCUCAUUGUGUUUAUGGCGCCAAAGCAUCGAGCAUCAGCAUUCAAUUUGCCUCGACAGAGCUCAAUGCAAAUAGUGCAAAUGUGGCGAAGGUGAAACGUAUCAUAGUGCAUGAAAACUAUUCGAGCACGGAUAUCACAAAUGACGUUGCCUUGUUGGAGUUGAGUGGUCAAUUGGUGUACAACUACAAAACUAUCGCACCAGUAACGUUGCCAGAACAGAAUUUUGAGAUACCACAAACUACGGAAGGUGUUCCCGGUGUAUUGGCUGGUUGGGGUCGGAAUUAUACCGGCGGCCCUGUUCAGACAAUUCUUCAGGAAGUCGCAUUGAAGAUUUACUCAGAUGAGCAGUGCAUUUCACUUCACAAUAACGAGACUACUGUUGACAACAUUUGCGGUGGCGUAGAUGAAGGCUGGAAGGGUCAGUGCAAUGGUGAUUCCGGUGGUCCUCUGCUCUAUGAGGGGAAUAUUCAAUUGGGCAUUGUGUCUUGGAGUAUCAAGCCAUGCACUACACCACCAUACCCAGGUGUGUACACUAAAGUGUCCCACUAUGUCGACUGGAUUAAGGAAAAUUGUGAUUCAUGUGUUUGAGUAGUGAUUUCUUAUAACUAAAAUAAAAAUAUGUUUCUCUGCGAAAAGUAAACAGAGAAAGU